UAAAACCUAACAAAAAAAGAAAUACAGAAACAUUUGCAAAGCUACGUUGGACAGCAUCACAGCCCAGAGGCGGCCAUUGCUCCAGUCAACCCUCCAUUGCACUCAGAUUUUCCUGGCUUGACUUGUGGCUCUCUCUCCAUAUGUGUCAAAGCCGACACCAUGUUAGCCUCUCUAGGCCCAUGCGCAUGAUCCCCAGGGCCCAGAUGCCCAACUUCACAGAGGCACAAGGAUUCCUCCUCCAUUCCAGCCUUCACACAACUCCUGACAAUUACAAGCCAUGUCCAUGUCUGGAAUCUUGCCAUUCAAAGACUGUUAGGGACACACACACACACACACACACACACAUGGCCUUCAGAAUUAGCCUUCUCCAACUGGCAGAAUACCCUGGAGAUACAUCCAAGUUGCUUGGGAUACCAGCAUAUCAAGGAUGCAUACCUUUUUCAUUACUCAGUAGUAUUCCACAUGACCCACACUUGAUGUGACCACUCUUUCAGAGGCACUUGUGCAGGGACAAGCCCAUCAAUGAAGACACGGGUGGGGCUUGUCAGUGAAUUACUCCCUGAAUGCUUUUGGGGAUAGGAAAGGUUGAAAAACUGCCAACAUUGCUUAGAGAAUUACAAAGAGGAACCUGGAUGUUCUGGACACCAUGUCUGCUUGGGGGUGGGGAAAUGGAACAGGUAUUAGCUGGCCACCCUGCUGUCACCUGGCGCUGUGGUGUCCUCUUUGCACAGCAGGAAACAGGUCACCCAGGUCAUAUACAGGAAGGGAUGGGGUGAGAUUCACCCUGGGGGAUGGAAGUCCUCUGAGGAAGGUGGGCUUCCCUUUCCUCCCGUGCUGACUUUCUUCUCUUUCUGGAGGGAGAGCAGAGACCAUGUCUGACACUGAGGAGGUGGUGGAGGAGUAUGAGGAGGGCCAGGAAGAAGCUGGGGAAGAAGAGGAAGACUGGAGAGAGGAUGAAGAUGAGCAGGACGAGGCAGCAGAAGAGGAUGCUGACGGUGGGGCUGGGGCUGAGGAUGAGACAGAGGAGGCUAAGGCAGAAGAGGAUGGAGAAGAAGAGGAAGCUGAAGAGGCUGAAGAUGGCCCAGUAGAAGAGUCCAAACCCAAGCCCCGGCUGUUCAUGCCCAACCUGGUGCCCCCCAAGAUCCCGGAUGGAGAAAGAGUGGACUUUGAUGACAUCCAUCGGAAGCGCAUGGAGAAGGACCUGAACGAGCUGCAGACACUGAUCGAGGCCCACUUUGAGAACCGGAAGAAGGAGGAGGAAGAGCUCAUCUCUCUCAAAGACAGGAUCGAGAAGAGACGGGCGGAGCGGGCGGAACAGCAGCGCAUCCGAAAUGAGCGGGAGAAGGAGCGGCAGAACCGCCUGGCUGAAGAGCGGGCCCGGCGGGAGGAGGAGGAGAACAGGAGGAAGGCUGAGGACGAGGCCCGGAAGAAGAAGGCUUUGUCGAACAUGAUGCAUUUUGGAGGAUACAUCCAGAAGCAAGCCCAGACAGAGCGGAAGAGUGGGAAGAGGCAGACAGAGAGGGAAAAGAAGAAGAAGAUUCUGGCCGAGAGGAGGAAGGUGUUGGCCAUCGACCACCUGAAUGAAGACCAGCUGAGGGAGAAGGCCAAGGAACUGUGGCAGAGCAUCUAUGACCUGGAGGCGGAGAAGUUUGACCUGCAGGAGAAAUUCAAACAACAGAAAUAUGAAAUCAAUGUUCUCCGGAACAGGAUCAACGACAACCAGAAAGUCUCCAAGACCCGUGGGAAAGCCAAAGUCACUGGGCGCUGGAAAUAAAGGCCUCUUGGAGGCUGAAACUCUUUGCCAAAAAUCUGCUUCUUUCUUGUGCCCCUGCCCUGCUCAACCCCAGCUUCUGGGCCCUCCUGGGCACCCAGGACAGACUCCUGCCCGGAACCUGGGAACUGGCCCAGCUGGAAGCUAGCACUCCUGCAUGCCCUGUGCCCAUGCCAUGCCAGGAAUAAAAGCCAUUGUGCACU